AUGCAAGUAGCGAAGAAGGAUGUCGAGAACGAUAACGUUUCUUCGUCUUCCAACCAGGCUUCCGAGAAAGCCUUCGAGAACGAGAUCGUGCCUUCAUGGAAAGAUCAGGUUACGUUCAGGGCAAUCCUGGCUAGCGCUGUUCUGAGUGUGGCCUUCUGCUUCAUCGUCAUGAAGCUUAACUUGACCACCGGGAUCAUUCCUUCGCUGAACGUCGCUGCUGGUCUCUUGGGUUUCUUUUUCAUCAGAGUCUACACGUGGGUGCUUGAGAGGUUUGGUUUGUUGAAGCAACCCUUUACCAGGCAAGAGAAUACUGUCAUCCAGACCGCCGUCGUUGCCGCCUCCGGCAUUGCUUUUAGCGGUGGAUAUGGAAGUUACAUAUUGGGAAUGAUGCCCAAGGUUGCAGCUCAAGCACAAGAUGGGGCCACCACAAACAAUGUGAAGCAUCUUUCCUUAGGAUGGCUGUAUGGGUUUCUCUUUGCCGUGAGCUUUGUUGGUCUUUUCUCCAUUGUUCCCCUGCGCAAGAUCAUGAUCAUCGAUUACAAGUUGACCUACCCAAGUGGAACUGCAACUGCAUUUCUCAUCAAUAGUUUCCACACUCCUAAAGGAGCCAAGCUAGCUAAAAAGCAAGUGAGUAAACUCUUCAAGUGGUUCUCCAUUAGCUUCUUAUGGAGUUUCUUCCAGUGGUUCUUCACUGGUGGUGAUGGCUGUGGGUUUAGCAGCUUCCCUACAUUUGGUCUGCAAGCUUUUCAGAAGAGGUUCUAUUUCGACUUCUCAGCUACCUACAUAGGUGUUGGGAUGAUCUGCCCUUACAUGGUAAACAUAUCCUUGCUUAUUGGAGCAAUAUUGUCAUGGUUAAUCAUGUGGCCGCUGAUAGAGAAAAAGAAAGGCAUUUGGUAUGCUUCUGAUCUAUCUGCUAGUAGUCUCCGUGGCAUCCAAGGCUAUAAGGUGUUCACUGCUAUCGCAAUGAUACUUGGGGAUGGACUCUUCCAUGUUGUUUUGAUGCUAAUCACUACAACAAGGAGCCUCAUGAAUCAAUACAAGAAGCAAGAUUCACAGUCAUCUUCAAACACUGAUGUGAUAAGUUAUGAUGACCAGAGAAGGAAAGAGAUCUUCUUGAAAGACCAGAUUCCAAUGUGGAUGGCAGGCUUGGGAUAUGUAGCCUUGUCUGUGAUCUCUAUCAUUGCAGUGCCCCAAGUUUUCCACCAGAUAAAAUGGUACCAAAUAAUGGUUGCCUACAUUAUUGCCCCAAUCUUGGCCUUCUGCAAUUCAUAUGGCUGUGGUCUUACAGACUGGUCUCUGGCCUCUACCUAUGGAAAGAUUGCAAUAUUCAUCUUUGGCUCUUGGGUAAGCCACCAUAAGGGAGGCAUAGUUGCAGGCCUUGCUGCCUGUGGAGUGAUGAUGAGCAUUGUGUCAACUGCCUCCGAUCUCAUGCAGGACUUCAAGACUGGCUACUUAACCCUUGCAUCCCCUCGCGCCAUGUUCUGCAGCCAAGUUGUGGGGACAGCUCUGGGAUGCCUCAUUGCGCCUUCUGUCUUCUGGUUUUACUACAAGUCCUACCCCACAUUAGGGGAGGUGGGCAGUUCGUAUCCAGCACCCUAUGCGUUAAUGUACCGUGGAAUCGCCAUUCUUGGGGUUGAGGGAACAUCUUCCCUCCCCAAACACUGCAUGGAGAUGGCUGUUGGGUUCUUCUUCUUUGCAAUUGCCUUGAACUUAAUCACUCUGCUCUUGGAACGCUUUGAGAACAAAUGGGGACUUCACAGGUUCAUUCCUAGUGUAAUGUGCAUGGCGAUCCCAUUUUAUAUUGGUGGCUACUUUGCCAUUGACAUGUGCAUUGGGAGCUUGAUUUUGUUCUUGUGGGAAAGAAAGAACAAGGCGGGCGCCAAUGCAUUUGCGCCUGCUGUGGCCUCUGGCAUGAUCUGUGGUGAUUCAUUAUGGGGUAUCCCAGCCGCAAUCCUCUCUCUUGCCAAUAGGAACUCUCCCCUCUGCAUGAAGUUCUUGUCAGCUGCUACCAAUGCCAAGGUUGAUGCAUUCUUGAAUGGUUAA